AGAACCGACUCCUUCCUGUUUAUUAUUGAUUUAUUGGGCGUGGAUCAGUGAAUAUUUUCUGCUAUUUUCUUUUGAUAUUUGGGGUUUCUCUGUCCGUCUCCUGUUGCUUCCCGUAGGAGUUGCAGGAUUCUCACAGACCUAGAUCUUCUGAGGGGUGAGGCUCCGCCCCCUGUGUGUGUUAUUUAAGCCCUUUCUCUCCAGCUGACUGCCUGCUUCACCUCAAACCUGCAGGUGAAGCAACAGUCAGUAAGGCUGAGCGAAUCGAUUAAAUGAUCUGAUCUCUAACCAGUUUAUUAACCAGAUUAACUUCAUCUGACUUUAAAGGAGAAGAAUUAAUCAGCUGCUGUUGAACUUCAGGAUCUGAAAUGAGUCUCUCUUCUGUUCUGCUCACAGGGUUCCUCAUCUUCCUCUCUGCUCUGGAAUCGGGAUCUUCAGGUGAGCAGAAAGGUUCUGUCUUUGGAACUCGAUCCUCGCAGGAGAGAAACCUGAGACGGUCAGCCGACGGUGAACUCUGUCUUUCAGAUGUGGAUCCGGUGUCGUGUGAGACUCGAGGAUCGGACCUGGAGCUCGAUGAUGUGGUGGUGCUUUGUCCUCCGGGCUGCAGGCGGACCAGGAUGUCGGUGUUUGGGACGGGCCCGUAUGCUGCUGUGUCGUCUGUCUGUGGAGCUGCUCUGCACAGGGGGGCUCUGGGUCCCUCUGGGGGGCCCGUUAGAGUUCUGAAACAACGAGGGCAGCACAGCUACGUGAGCUCCUAUGCCAACGGGAUCCAGUCCCUGGGCCUGUCCCGCUGGACCUCCUCCUUCAGCCUGUCUGAGAGCAUCCAUCCUCCUCUGGAGUUCAUUGCUGAGACCCGGACCACAUCUCUGCCUGCAGGUGCACAGCCAGCAAAGAAAGCCCUGAAGAAGCCGUCGUUGGUGAAGAAGGUCCUGGCGGGCGGAAACAAAGACUGUCAGAUGGACGUCGCCGUGGUGAUGGACAGCAGCAGAAACAUUGGGCAGCGGAGGUUUAACUUGCAGAAGAACUUUGUUGCCAAACUGGCGGCCAUGUUGAGAGUCGGAGCUUCGGGACCACGUGUUGGUCUGAUCCAGGCCAGUGACUCGCCAAAGACCGAGUUUGUGUUGAGCAGCUACACUCAGCCCAAAGACCUGCUGUUUGCCAUCAAGGAGUUGACCUUCCUGGGGGGUGACAGCAACACAGGCAAAGCCAUCCUUCACACGGCAGAAACUUUCUUUACCCAGGAGAACGGGAUGAGGCGGGGUCACCCACGGGUGAUGGUCGUGAUGAUCGACGGCUGGCCGUCCGAUGAUGUGGAACAGGCGGCCAUAUUGGCCAGAGAGAGCGGCAUCAACGUGUUUCUGGUGUCUGUGGCUAAACCAGCAGCAGAGGAGCUCAGCAUGGUGGCAGACAGAGACUUCAUGAAAAAGGCGGUGUGCAAAGAUAACGGUUUCUUCAGUUACUCCAUCCCCAGCUGGUUCAGCACCACCAAACACGCCAGAUCUGUCACGCAGAGACUCUGUUCUCUGGAUAGUCUCCUCUGCAGUAAAACCUGCUAUAACUCUGUGAACAUCGGCUUCCUCAUUGACGGCUCGUCCAGCGUCGGAAUGGAUAACUUCAAGAUGGUUCUGGACUUUCUGGCAGGAAUCGCUCAGAGCUUUGACAUCUCUGACAUUGGAUCUCGUGUUGGUGCAGUCCAGUUCACCUACGAUCAGAGGAUGGAGUUUGGUCUGUUUGACCACUCCACCAAGGAGGACACCAUGAAUGCCCUGAGAGGAAUCUCUUACAUGAGUGGAGGAACGUCCACCGGGUCUGCUAUCAGCUACGCCACCCAGAACUUGUUCAGACAUCCCAGACGGGGUCAUGAUUUUCUUGUUGUGGUGACGGACGGCCAAUCGUACGACGACAUCCGGGGUCCUGCGAUGGCGGCGCAGAGACAAGGCAUCACCAUUUUCUCAGUGGGCGUGGCCUGGGCACCCUUGGAUGACCUCAGAGCGAUGUCAUCAGAGCCAAAAGAUCGCCACACCCUAUUCACCCGAGAGUUCACCGGCCUUUUGGACUUCAUCCCACUCGUGGUCCGAUCCAUCUGCCAAGACUUCACGGAGAUCAGCGAGAUUCGGCCGUGAACGUCAAACGGGACGGUCCUCAGAGCUUUUCUCACCAGGACGCCACAGACUGAGGACUUGAAUCCACCUGUGAACUUUGAUAGAUGUGCUUUUCUUUUUUCAGUUUUCACACAAGCAUUGAUCUCUCAGGACCCUGAAGGCCACAUCUUUGUUCUUCUUCAGCUUCUCUUUCAGUGUUUAGAGCAGAAAUGCAUUGAUGUUACUUCAUUUCCACUUUAGUUUUUACGUCCCUGGGAUCAGUUCCUCUGUAAGAAUCACAAAGAAACUCACCUACUGGUCCUGAACACAUUAAAAAAAACUUAUUUUUUUCUUGAUUGGGUUGUAAAAUCCUCCAAAUCUUCAAUUUUCUUUAACUUUCCUGCUGUAAAUUGUGGAUUACGGAUCCUCUAGUCUGGUUUGAGUCCGUCUUUAACAGUCCCACAGAUGGACUUGCAUUCAAAUGCUCGGAUGUAGAGAAUUUCCUGGUUUAGCACAGAUCCUGAAGCUGUAAAAACAAAAAAAGAAGCCCCCCCCCCCCCGUGCUGCCCUCUACUUUCUGUUGUUAAUCGUGGAUUUUUUUUGCAGAAUAAACUUGAUGGAUUUUAA